AUGGGGAGCGACCCAUCUUCUGCCACCGUCGAGGUCAAGGUCCAUCCGCGCCGCGACUCCACCGCCCGGAUGCCCUCGCCGUCGCCGCCGAGUCCCCCCGCCACUUACGAUCGCCAUUUCAGCCUCUUCAAGCGCUGGUUCCCCUGGCUCGUGCCCACGUUCGUGGUGGCCAACAUUGUCGUCUUCAUCGUCACCAUGUAUAUUAACGAUUGCCCUAAGCAUUCCUUCACUGGUAGUUCGUCAUGCGUUGCCUCUUUCCUUGGAAGAUUCUCUUUUCAGCCACUUAAAGAAAACCCUCUCUUAGGUCCUUCUUCCUCCACAUUAGAGAAGAUGGGUGCUCUUCAAGUGGAUAAAGUGGUUCAUAGACACGAGGUUUGGCGCCUCUUGUCUUGCAUAUGGUUGCACGGUGGAGUUGUUCAUGUGCUUGCCAACAUGUUGAGUCUUCUUUUUAUUGGAAUUCGCCUUGAGCAAGAAUUUGGAUUUGUUAGAAUUGGAUUUCUGUAUGUGAUAUCUGGUUUUGGAGGGAGUUUGCUAUCUGCUCUAUUCAUACCAGAAGGUAUCUCUGUUGGUGCUUCUGGUGCAUUAUUUGGUUUACUAGGGGGCAUGCUAUCAGAGCUGUUGAUAAAUUGGACAAUCUAUGCCAAUAAGUUUGCAGCUUUAUUGACUCUUAUGGUCAUCGUUCUAAUCAAUUUAGCUGUUGGAAUUCUUCCACACGUGGACAAUUUUGCUCAUAUUGGAGGAUUUGUCUCUGGCUUUCUUCUUGGGUUUAUCUUUUUGGUCCGCCCCCAGUUCAAAUGGGUUAAUAGUAGACAAAGGAAUUCUAACUCUGGAUAUGCUGCACCUCCGGUGAAAUAUAAGCACAAACCUUAUCAGUAUGUACUGUGGGUCAUAUCCUUCCUACUACUGAUUGCUGGGAUGAUUACUGGGCUGAUUUUACUUCUUCAAAGUGUUAACUUGAAUGAUCACUGCUCAUGGUGUCAUUACUUAAGCUGUGUCCCUACCUCAAAAUGGAGCUGCAAAUCACAACAACUUUAUUGUGAGUCAAUCCAAACGGGAAACCAGCUUAACAUAACAUGCUUGAGCAAUGGGAGAAGUGGCAUUUUUCCUCUUACAAAUACUAGCUCAACGAAUGCUCAACAACAGAUAUGUUCUCGACUUUGCAAUUGA